AUGGGUCCUACUCAAGGAAAGGAAUUGUCUCCCUAAAUGCGAGAUCGAGUGCUUAAGUUAUUCGCAAGAUUCGAUGUUGAUGGUUCCAAAUCAAUUGAAAAAUCAGAGACAAUUAAAUAUUGGAAGAGCAAUUUUGCCAAAUUGAACACUGAAGAAUUAUUUAAAUCUGUUGACACUGAUAACAGUGGAACGAUAUCUGAGGAAGAAUGGCUCAAUUUUUGGACAUCUGUGCUUAGAAGUGGUCAUACAGAGGAAGAUAUUGCUGACGAAGUAAUUGGAAAGCAUAGAGUCAGGGUCAUCAUGGGUUAAAUUCGAGAAUUUGGAUAAAAAAAAAGGGUGAAGUAAAUAUAUUAUAUAAUUAUAUAUAUUAUAUAAUAAUAUAUUGAGAAUAAAUUUAAAUUAGUUGAUGAUGUGUAUCAUUCAUUCAAGGACAGCAUGGAUGAGAGUUGUUCAGAGGAGUGGAUUAUUAUUUUGAGUGAAAAGGGUUGGAGAUAGAUUGAAGACUAGAUUUAUUAUUAUUAUUAAAACUCACUUCAAUUGCUGAACCUUUUUGUUUUACAUAAUUCUGAUUAAUGA